AUGGAAUCUUUUAUUGUUUCAGACCAAUUGUUGCCAUCAUUUUGGUGUCUCAUACUCGUUUUUCUUGUUUCUACACUCCUCAUCAAACAUCAAAGUUGCAACCAAAAAUCUGAAAAACCCAAACUCCCUCCUGGUCCCACACCUUGGCCUAUAGUAGGCAACCUCCCUGAAAUGCUUGCAAAUAGGCCAACAUUUAGAUGGAUACAAAAAAUGAUGAAUGACAUGAACACGCAAAUUGCGUGCAUCCGUUUAGGUAAUGUUCAUGUCAUUACAGUGACUGAUCCUGAAAUUGCACGUGAAAUAUGUAUAAAACAAGAUGCAAUUUUUGCUUCAAGACCGAGUAGUUGGUCCAAUGAAUAUGUUACUACUGGAUAUCUGACCACUGCACUCACUCCCUUUGGAGAACAAUGGAAGAAAAUUAAGAAAUUAAUUAGCAAUGAAUUAGUUUCCCCUCUUAGACACCAAUGGCUUCAUGAUAAAAGGGUGGAAGAGGCCGAUAACAUUGUACGGUAUGUCUACAACCAAUGUACGAAAAUUGGUGGUGAUGGAAUUGUGAAUGUGAGUGUUACUGCAAAACAUUAUACAGGGAAUGUUAUUAGGAGGUUGCUUUUGAAUACCAGGUAUUUUGGAAAUGGUAGCGAAGAUUUUGGACCGAGCUUUAAGGAAGUAGAAUAUGUUGAAGCGGUUUUUACUGUUUUGCAAUACCUUUUUGCUUUCUCUGUUUCUGAUUUCAUGCCAUGUCUGAGGGGUCUAGACUUGGAUGGUCAUGAGAAGAAUAUUAAGAAGGCUUGUAAGAUCAUGAAGAAAUAUCAUGACCCUAUAAUUGAGGAUAGAAUUCGGCAAUGGAAGAAUGGGAAAAAGACGCAUAAAGAAGAUUUGCUUGAUGUUCUCAUUUCACUAAAAGAUGCUCACAACAACGACCUUUUGACAGAGCAGGAGAUUAAGUCUAAUGUUUUGGAAUUGACACUUGCAGCUGUUGAUAAUCCAUCAAAUGCACUUGAAUGGGGACUUGCUGAAAUGAUUAAUCAGCCUGAGCUACUUAAAAAGGCUACCGAAGAAUUAGACAGUGUUGUUGGAAAAGAAAGGCUGGUGCAAGAAUAUGAUUUUCCCAAACUCAACUAUGUGAAAGCUUGUGCAAGAGAAGCUUUUCGCCGCCAUCCAAUUUGUGAUUUCAACCUUCCCCACGUCGCGAUGAAAGACACAGUUGUUGCUAAUUACUUUAUCCCAAAAGGUAGCCAUGUCUAUUUAAGGAGACAAGGACUUGGCCUAAAUCCUAAAGUAUGGAAAGAACCACUGAAGUUCAAGCCAGAACGGCAUCUUAAGAUAGAUGGGUAUAAUGUGAGUUUGACAGAUCCGAGUUUGGAAUUGGUAACAUUUGGUACCGGAAGGCGUGGGUGUUCAGGCAUCAUGCUUGGAUCUUCAAUGACUAUUAUGUUAUUUGCAAGGUUGCUCCAUGGAUUCACUUGGAGUGCACCACCCAACUGUUCUAGCAUUGAUCUCUCUGAAUCUCAUGGAGGUACCACAAAAGCUAAGCCACUUGUGGCAGUGGCAAAGCCAAGAUUACCAAUAGAGACUUAUCGAUUAUAUUAAGUUACCGAGAAUGAUAUGUUUGCUGAAAAAUAAUUUAAGUAGG